AAUAAAGUUUUGGACAAAUAUACAAUUGAUACAACCUCAUCCAAAACAACAAAGCUCUAAAACCCCAUAACCAUGGCGGUCACCUCUAAAACCCUCCCAAUUCCUCCAUCACCAGACUCCAUUAAACCUCUUAAAAUCCACCAACCUAACACCCUUUCUCUCUCUCUCCUCAACAAAACCCACAAUCUCUCCCUUCGAAAACCCCCUCAAUUCUCUGUACUCAACCCAAAUUCUUCCACCGCAACCACCACCGCUACCAACUUCAGCUCUCGCAUAACCAAACUUUGCUUCAAUGGGAGCUUAGAUGAAGCUCUUAAUCUUCUCAACUCCGUCGUUAAAGACCUGAACGUAUUUGUCGAAGACGAGGCCUUUAUCGCCCUGCUUAAGCUCUGCGAGUGGAGGAGAAAGAUUAAAGAGGGUUUACAAGUUUAUAAGCGUAUUCGUGAGUCGAGGAAGGUUCAGUGUUUCGAUGUUCGACUUGGGAAUGCGUUGUUGAGUAUGUUUGUGAGAGUGGGUAAUUUGGAUGAUGCUUGGUAUGUGUUUGGGAAGAUGGAGGAGAGGGAUUUGUUUUCGUGGAAUGUGUUGGUUGGUGGGUAUGCAAAAGCCGGAUUUUUCGAUGAGGCAUUGGUUUUGUACCAUAAGAUGUUGUGGGUUGGUGUUAAGCCUGAUGAGUAUACUUUCCCCUGUAUUUUGAGAACUUGUGGGGGUAUGCCUGAUUUAGCAAGGGGUAGGGAGGUUCAUGUUCAUGUAAUUCGAUACGGGUUUGAGUCUAAUGUUGAUGUGAUUAAUGCUUUGAUUACAAUGUAUGUCAAGUGUGGCGAAAUUUUUAGUGCACGCUUGGUGUUUGAUAGAAUGCUUCAUAGAGAUAGGAUUUCUUGGAAUGCAAUGAUUUCGGGGUGUUUAGAGAACGGAGAGUGUUUGGAGGGGUUAAGAUUGUUUCUAAUGAUGCGCAAAGUUGGUGUUGUUCCAGAUUUGAUGACCAUGACUAGUGUAGUUUCGGCUUGUGAGGGUGUAGAUGAUGAGAGGCUAGGGAGGGUAGUUCAUGGGUAUAUUAUAUCUAGUGGUCUUAGUGUUGAAGUUUCGGUUUGUAAUUCAUUAAUUCAAAUGUAUUUGGGUACUAGAAAUUUGGUUGAAGCAGAAAGAACUUUUGGUAUUAUGCCAUACAAAGAUGUGGUGACAUGGACCUCAAUGAUAUCUGGUUAUGAAGAUAAUGGAUUUCCUGAAAAGGCUGUGCAGACUUUUGAAUUGAUGGAAAAUGAAGGUAUCGUGCCAGAUGAGAUCACCAUAGCUAGUGCCAUAUCAGCGUGUGCUUCAUUGAAUCUUCUGGAUAUGGGUAUAAAACUUCAUGAUUUAGCUGUUAGAACAGGAUACAUUUCAUAUGUGAUAGUUUCCAAUACUUUAAUUGAUCUGUACUCCAAGUGUAAAUGUAUUGAUAGGGCUUUGGAUGUGUUCCAUCAAAUCAAAGAAAAGAACAUAAUAUCUUGGACAGCAAUCAUCUCAGGGCUUCGCCAAAACACAAGGAGUUUCGAAGCGUUGUUUUACUUUCGACAGAUGAAACUUUGUUUGAAUCCUAACUCUAUCACUUUAAUAUCAACCCUUUCUGCAUGUGGUAGGAUAGGAGCUCUAAUGUGUGGAAAAGAGAUCCAUGCGUAUGCUUUAAGGACAAUGUUGGCAUAUGAUGGAUAUGUACCAAAUGCAAUUUUAGAUAUGUAUGUGAGGUGUGGAAGGAUGGAACUUGCUUGGAAUCAGUUCAAUGGAUGGGGCAAAGACAUUGCUGCAUGGAAUAUUAUGCUCACUGGUUUUGCAGACCGAAAACUGGGAAUACUUGCUGUGGAGUUCUUUAAUAGAAUGCUAGCUUCAAAUGUAAACCCAGAUGAAAUUACAUUUAUAUCACUACUUUGUGCUUGUAGUAGAUCUGGCAUGGUGGGUGAAGGCAUGGAGUAUUUUGACAAGAUGGAAACAAAGUAUCAUGUUUCUCGAAAUCUGAAGCAUUAUGCUUGCGUUGUGGAUUUACUCGGACGUGCUGGUAAUUUAGAUGAUGCAUAUUCAUUUAUUCAUAAAAUGCAUCUAAAGCCAGAUCCAGCUAUUUGGGGAGCCUUAUUAAAUGCUUGUAGGAUUCAUCAGAAUGCUGAGCUCGGGGAACUUGCAGCACAGAAGAUAUUUGAAAUUGAUAAACAGAGUAUUGGGUAUUAUGUUCUUUCGUGUAAUCUUUAUGCUGGAUGUGGAAAAUGGAAUGAACUUGCUAGAGUGAGGAAAACAAUGAAGGAGAGAGGUCUAAUUGUUGACCCUGGAUGUACAUGGAUAGAAGUAAAGGGAAAAGUACAUGCAUUCCUCAGUGAUGAUGAGUCCCAUCCUGAUAUAAAAGAGGUAAAUGCUGUUCUGAAAUCCUUUUAUGAGAAAAUGGAAGAAGCUGGACUGAGUAAGGUUGAGACUCUUUCUGAAAAUGCUUCUAAAGCAGAAGUAUUCUGUGGUCAUAGUGAAAGACUUGCAAUUGCAUUUGGUCUUAUCAAUACUCCUCCAGGAACACCUAUUUGGGUCACAAAAAAUCUUUAUAUGUGUAAAAGCUGUCAUAAUAUUGUAAAAUUUAUUUCAAAAGUUGUUCGAAGAGAUAUCUGUGUUAGGGACACUGAACAUUUCCACCACUUCAGGAAUGGUGUUUGCUCUUGCAGUGAUGAGGAUUACAAAGAAACAUUGUAUGCUAGUAAUGCUUCGUGUAUAUUCUAGUUGUAACUAUAAUUUCUUCUCUCAAUUAUCCCAACAUAUAUUUUCUACUGUAAAUGGCUUUUCUUCAUUUGUAAACGGCUGUAUGACCAUCAGACUGCUGGUUGCGGCUCUGCUGCUGCUACUACAGUGGUACAAUGUCACUCUUACACUGUCCGCAUCUCGCUCAUAGAUCUCGUACAAAAAUUCUCUAAACAACCUUUUGAAACAAUUUUGUCUCUACAAACUUACUAUGUUGGUUGCCACAAACUGCACCACCAUUAAAUUCCAAAGUGAUGACUGAUGAAAGCUUUUAGAUUCUGCGUAACAAUGGUGGAUUAAAUGGAAGAGCAAAUGCUGUAAGUUCCAGAAAACUGUGAUGCACACUGCUGUAAAUGCUACAGUCUAUGCUCUUUAGAGAGCUAGAAAUGAUGCACUGUGGAAUCAGAAGAUGUUAAGAUAGAAAUAAAAUAAGUAAGUUAGAAUUAUACUAUAAUACAAACUACUAAUAUCCUAAUGUUGAUAGAGUCACCGUAUUAGUGAGUUAGCUUUACAU